AUGAGAGCUUAUAGAGAAGUUAUGGGCAUCCCUAGGGAGGACCUACGUAAACCUAAAAAAAUUGUAAAUAAAAGGAAAAAGAGCAAGACAGGUAUUGAAGUCACUUUUGUGACAACAUAUACCAAUCAAUACAGAAACGUCUGUGAUAUAAUCAAGAAAAAUCUUCCAAUCCUGAGAGCAGAUGAUCACCUUAAAAGGAUUUUUUCCCCAAAUACUUUAAGGACUUUCAUUGGCAUUAUGAACAGAAGCAUGGCUACUGAACCCCUUGUUCCACCAAAUCAGGAAGAAGAGGAAGAAGAAGUGAAAGAAGCAGAGAUAUACAUGAGUGUUCUGUGGCAUGCCGGAACACUGGCUGUAUCACACUACAACUCUGUAGACUGCUCUGCUCACUUCAUCCGAGAUAUUCCAGACAACAGUCAGCUAAAACUGCUCAACAGAGCAGGUCUUUCUUUCCUUCCCAGUGUUCUGCAGAUAUUCAAAAGUGAGGCCCAUCCAUCUGUGUAUAAGUUAGGUUCAGGGGUUAAAGAAGGGCUGAGUCUGUAUGGUGUUCUCAACCGCUGCAGGUCAAAGUGGGGAGAAAUCAUGAUGAGGCAAUGGAUGAUGCGGCCCACGUUAGACAGGUCUGAGCUAGCUUCUCGCCUAGAUGUCAUUGAAUUCUUCAUGCAAGCUCAAAACCAGGAGACUGCAGAGACCCUUCAGAGCUGUAUAAAGAAUAUAAAAAACAUUCCUUUGAUAUUAAAGAAUAUGACGUUAUCUCAUACCAAGGUGACUGAAUGGCAAGGAUUGUACAAGACUGUUACCAAUGCUGAUUGUAUAGGUGAUACCUGUCGCUCUCUGCCUCAGUCAGUGACUCUGUUUACCCACAUCUCUUCUACAUUCAGCAGUGACCUUCAUUACAUUGCCAGUCUCAUCAUAAAAGUGGUGGAUUUUGAGGAGAGCCUGACCGAAAAGCGUUUCUGCAUUAAACCAUAUGUGGACCCAGCUGUGGAUGAGAAAAAGCGUAGACUACAUGGGCUGUCAGAUUUUCUUACUGAUGUUGCCCGGCAAGAGCUGGAGAGCUUGGACCAUGAAAUACCAUCUUGCUGCGUAAUCUAUAUCCCUCUGAUUGGAUUCCUUCUCUCUAUUCCACGUCUCCCCUUCAUGAAAGAAAGGGAAGACUUUGAGAUUGACGGUCUGGAAUUUAUGUUUCUCUCUGAAGAUCGGUUGCACUACAAAAGUCCGCGUACCAGAGAGCUGGACUCAUUACUUGGGGACCUGCACUGUGAUAUCAGAGAUCUUGAGACGAUGGUCAUGCAUCAGCUACAGACUCUGAUCUUGGAGAAGUCUGCUGUUUUAUAUGAAGUGACUGAGUAUGUUGGGCAACUGGAUGCCCUCCUGGCCAUGGCAGCUGCAGCCCGUGAAAACGGAUACACCCGACCGUCUUACACUCUCAGCAAUACCAUUCUCAUCAAGGAUGGAAGACAUCCCCUUAUGGAAUUCUGCUCUGGAACCUUUGUCCCAAAUGGAGCUUACAGUGAAGAGAAUGAGAAGAGAAUCAAAAUCCUGACAGGACCUAACUCAUGUGGAAAGAGUGUGUAUCUGAAACAGGUUGGUCUCAUUAUCUUCAUGUCUAUGAUUGGAAGUUAUGUUCCAGCAUCUAAAGCUGAGAUUGGUCCCAUUGAUGCAAUCUUCACACGUAUCCAGUCCAGAGAGUCUGUGUCUCUUGGCUUGUCAACCUUCAUGAUCGACUUGAACCAGGUGGCAAGAGCAGUAGAUAAUGCAACAGAGAAGUCACUAGUUUUAAUUGAUGAAUUCGGUAAAGGGACCAACACGGUGGAUGGCCUCUCCCUCCUAACUGCUGUCAUCAGACACUGGAUAAAACAGGGAUCUCAUUGUCCUCACAUUUUCCUUGCAACCAACUUUCACAGUUUAAUAGAACUCAAAUUACUUCCUGAGACUCCACUACUACAGUAUCUGACCAUGGAAUGGUGUCUAGAUGGUGCAGAGCUGGUCUUGUUUUACCAGCUAAAGGAAGGGGUAUCAGGAACAAGUCAAGCCGCCAGGAUAGCAGCCUUGGCUGGGGUGCCAUCAGAUAUCAUAAAAAGAGCAACUGAGGUGUCAGAGUUGUUUCGCAGUGGAAAGCCCAUAGAGGCUCUGUAUCAGACAGAGAGGGAAGAAGAAAUGGAAAGGUGUCAGUGUAUCGUCUCCCGUUUCCUUAGUCUUGAUCUUCAGGAUCCUCAACUUGACCUCCAAAAAUAUUUGGACACUGAAGUUCUCCCCUACGCCUAG